AUGGCAAAGAUGCAGCGGCUCCGCUCCUUCGUGUCCACCCGAGCGCUGUGGGGCAAGUACCUCGAGCAGGAGCGGCUGGCCGGGCGGCUUCAGGAGGUGGGCCUGCAGGCGCUAGUGCUCAUGGCCGGGGGCAGCGUGCGGGCCCCGAGCCACUCGCGCCAGACCAGCCGCGGCCGCACAGGCGGGUGCCUGGUGUGCCCGAACUACCCCAGCGAUGAAAGGUGGAUUUGGGCCAAGAGAGCGGGCACCCCUGGCUGGGAGGGCGGCCGCAGCUGCGAAUACAAGUGUGCCAAGUCCCUGCCAGACGCCAAGCAGGUGCAGUUCGAGAUGCAAGCGCUGGCCAAGCUGGAGCUCAACGACACCAGCCUGCUGGCGCUGCAGUCGGUCGUCGCCGCGGCCAAAGGCUCGGGCGACAGCGCCGCAGCAGAGGCAGCGGCGCAGCUGGCCCAGAUUCCCGCUGCAGCACGCCAGCACCAGGAGAAAGCGGCCAACCAGGUCACGCAGGCGGAGCAGCGCAGAAAUGAGCUGGUCGGCAAACUGGUUGAGGCCAUGAGCGAGGUGCUCGCGGCCAUGCUGGAACUGGACGUGCUGCAGCAGGAGAACUGCAUGAGGUACCAGCUUGCGGCAGGCCUUGCGGCGAGGGCCAAGAGCAUCUUCGAGGCUUGCACGAAGGAGCGCAUAUCGGUCAAAUGGGUGGCCAAGACGCUCAGAGAAAUACAAGCCAAGGUCAUGCGCCACGAGCGCAGACGCGGCGAAGACGGCAAGGAUGCAGCCGAAUCAGGACAAGGUAUCAAGAAGGCGCGCUUCAUGGGCGACACGAACGGCGCGCGCCCGCGCGGGCCAGACCGCCAACUGCCAGCGACAGGCCAGCGCGAGCAGCGGAUGGACAGCGGAAGGCUUGACGAAGCCAGUGCAGGAGCGGAGUGGAGAAGGCAGGUCUCGUCGCUCGGCAAGCCCAUGAGAAGCACUGGGAGUGUGCAAGUCUUCUGCGGCAGCUGCAGCCAGUGUGACGACGCCGCCCAGGCCUUCGUCGAGGCAGGGCAGGUGAACACCAUCGCGCAUUUGGCGGACAAGAUUGGAAGACGCGUCUUCCGCGACCAGCUGGGAGACGCUACGGUCGCUAUACUCAUGGUCCAGAGCGGCGCCUUCGCGCCCGUCAGCUGCCAUGUGGACUGCAGCAUAGGCCUCGCGGGAGUGAGCGCGACAAAGAUGGGUGACCUGCUGCGCCUCGCUCGGUCUCUUGGCGCCCCGUUGGCCAUCCUCGGGGACUUCAUUUGCGCGUCAGACGGCAUUGCGUCGCCCAGGUGGCGAGGCGCCAUGGAGGCCCACAUCGUGGCGCCGACCAGCGCAGACAGCACGUGCACGAGUGGCCGCGGGCGCAUCAUCGUGUACAUGCAAUGCUCCGACAGCGAAAGACCAUUCAUCCGCAGGCUGGAUGCGGUUCGGCAGGUACCAUGGGGACCCCACCUUGGUCUGCGCCUCUGCCGUGCAGCGCGAUCUGGAGGGGCGCGAGCAAGGGCGCCUCGGCUGGCCAGGAAAAACGAGGUGCCGACCAUCGCCGCACAGGUUGCCGAUGGGGGCCAAGCGGGCUCAGCGGGGCUGCAACCUAUAUUCGAGCAGUGCCAAGGAGAAGGCCUCACGGACAUGGGAAUGACAGCGCGCCAGCACCACCUGAGUGACGCCUCCGCCGAGACAAUGCCCGCGGCAGUCGGCGACGAAGACUGGAAGCAGGCAGCCAAAGCGACCCAGGACCUGCCAGUGGAGGAGGCGCCUACAUGGAUCUCGCGCUCCCUGGCCUUCCGGGCGGGCCCUGGCGACGCCGGCGCCCCGGGCAGGCGCUUCGGGCAAUGCGCCGUGGCGGCCGAGAAGGCGCCGGCCGAUGCGCAGGCCGCCGAGCAGGAGCAAAGCGGCCUGAGGAAGGCCAUUGCGAAGGUCAUCGCCAAGACCUGCCAGGACGUGCUGGCCGCGCAGAACCCUGCCGAGGACGGGGGCCGCGACGACUGCAGGGCACUCGGAUGCGCCGAGGGCGAGGCAGACACAUGGGCGACCACGGUCCGCGAGGUUCGCGGCCGAGCCGAGGCGCGCGCCAGGGGGGCAUGGCGGGGGACAAUCGCGGCCAGCGGGCACUGGGCGGGCCAGGCGCUGCAAGGUUCGAUGGGGGAAGAAAACAGAUGCCCCAGCAAGCCCGGGGGGGGCUUCAGCGAGGUAACCAUCCUGGCCGCGGGCGGCGGCGCGGAGGGCGACCUGGAGUUAGGCGCCGACUUGCGCGCCGGCGCCCGGGGCGACAUGCUGGUUAACAUCGUCAACGAUUGCGAGGAGCGCCUGGCCUGGCCGCGCCGGCUCUGCCGCGCCCGGCGCCGGCUGCUGCGGAAGCGCGACGGCGCCCUGGCAGGAGAAGAGCGACCAAUUUGUUUGUUACCAGCAGUGGUGCGCACCUGGGUAAGGCGCGCCAAGCGAGAGGUUGGCCAGCGGCGCGAGGAGAAGGCGGCGUUCUGGGGCGCUGCCGUGGCGGGCAGCUCCGCGCUUCAGUGGCUCAGCGUCGCGCCGGCGGCGCCGCUUGCGCUUGUAGCCGCGGAGCGACGCGGCCCGAACCCGACGGGCAACGGAGGGCGGAGGAACGAGCGGCAGGCGGGGCAGGAAGCCCGCGAGUUCGGCGAGGCUUCGGCCCUCGCGCCGCACGGCGACGCCGCCCAGACAAGCGGCGAACUCACGGGACCACCCGGCCGCAUUGACAUUGACAACGAAGUGGCCCCAACCAGCGCGUCGAAGUCCCGGCGGACUACGUUUGCCCAGCGCGUCGUCAUCGCGCCGUGGUUGGUCGGGGAACGCCGCGCGAAGGACGUCGAGGCAAGGUCGCAAACAUCUAUCGCGGCGCGCCGUAGAUGCGGCGGCGUCGCGCGUUUCUCGGCCUAUCUUCCCGGCAGGAAAAUCAUGCGACAGUGUCGAGACCUGGCCAGGCUCACGCAGAUGGCCGAGCGCCUGGACUGCCCGCCCGUGGAGCUGCACACGCGCGCCCUCAUGCACGCGGCCCCGCGCGCGGCGAGGGCCUCUGGCGCGCGCUGGCCACCCGCCCCGAAGUGCGCGCGGCAGAGGGCCCCGGGGACCUGGCCCAGACUGCGCGUGGUCGACCUCCAGAUUCGGGCACAAGGGCAUGCCAGCAUUGCCGGGCACCAGCUCGCCGCAGGCGCCGAGGCCAUGGGCCAGCUGCCCAUCAAGUCGGUCCUCCUCGCCACCCAUCCUGCGAUCCGCGAUGCCGCGGGCCAGGCGGCGAGCUCGCAUGGCUUGGCCCUGGCGCGGGCAGCCGUCGCGGAGGACUUGGGGCGCGACGCCGCCCUCGGGAAGCGCGCCGGCGCUGCGUCGCGCGGCGCAGCCGCGGAGCGCUGGCUAGCUCGCGCAGGAGACGAGGGCCCUCUGUUCUUGCGAGCGGCGCGCUGGUGGCGCCGAGCCGCCAGGCUCUAUCGCGCCAGCGCCAGGACUAAGCAACUGCGCGAAAGGGCUGCGACGGGCAUGGCCUCGCGCGACUGGCCCUUGGCAGCCAACGUCACCAGGCAGGUCGGCCAGUGGGUGAAGCUGCGGGGGGCCAGCGCAGACUUCCAAGACCACCUGCGAGCUGGGUGGCGCGCAGUUGUUUGGCACCUGGCCAAGGCUACCAAGAGGGGGCGGUGGCAGGCGGCCACGGGCCCCGCGGCAGCCCUCCAACUGGCCCUAGAGCCGUUUGGGUGGGGAGCUAGAGAAGCCAACCUCUGGGCCGACCACCUGGGCGAGAGGCGGCAAUUCAGCGACCGUUAG